ACCAUAACUUCUCUGAUACCUGAGGUCACUUGAGAAGGAGAAGAUUUCAUAGAAAGUACAGGCAAAUUUUGAGGGGUGAGCAGGAAGUACCAGACUCGAUGAGUUUCCAUCGAAAUGUCGGAAAAGUCAGGCCAGAGUACAAAAGCAAAGGAUGGAAAAACAAAGUAUGCAACACUCAGUCUGUUUAAUACUUACAAGGGAAAAUCACUGGAAACUCAGAAAACCACAGUUGCUGCACGCCAUGGAUUACAGAGUCUUGGAAAAGUUGCUAUUUCAAGGAGGAUGCCUCCCCCAGCUAACCUCCCCAGUCUCAAAGCAGAGAACAAAGGCAAUGACCCUAAUGUGAACAUUGUGCCUAAAGAUGGCACAGGAUGGGCUUCAAAACAAGAACAGCAUGAAGAAGAAAAACAGCCAGAAGUGCCACAGGCACAGCCAAAACCUGCUGUUCCUGCUCCUCCAGAAGCAGCUCCUGUUGCCAAAUCGUGGGCCAACACCAAACCAGGUGGACAAGAUGGUCCAGCUAUUCAAGUAAAUAGUUAUUUCCAGCAAGAGUUUCCCAGUCUGCCGGCAGCUGGGGAUCAGGAAAAGUCAGGGAAAGAGAAAGAUACACCUGAAGAGCUCCACGGAUCAGGACCCAACUUGCGACCGCAAAAUUCUGUCCAUGCAGAUGCUACUAGUUGGAGAGAAGGUGGUAAUAAGAGCAACUCGCCCAGUUCUCCAACCGAUCAAGAAGCUAAGGCUCUUGGUCAAGAAGAUGGUAAUGCUACACCAGCAGAACAAAAUGACGGCCAGAAGGCAGCAGAAAAGAGGGAUGUGCGGUUACCACAGGUCCCUCAGCCCAAGCUGAAUGGCCAGCAGCAACCGCCUAUCUCAUCUCAGUACAGAGCAAUGAUGCCACCUUAUAUGUUUAAUCAGUAUCCUAGAAUGGCAUAUCCUCCUUCCAUGCAAGGUCCAACGAGAUUUCCCAAUUCUGAGCCCAGCAGAGGGCCAAGGGGAAGAGGACCACCUUCAUGGUGUUCAGAACCUAUUGAGCGACCAUCCAUUCUUAGUGCUAGUGAACUUAAAGAACUUGAUAAAUUUGAUAAUCUAGAUGCUGAGGCUGAUGAAGGCUGGGCUGGUGCUCAGAGUGAAGUGGAUUACACUGAGCAGUUGAACUUCAGUGAUGAUGAUGAGCAAGGAAGUAGUCAAAAAGAAAAGGAAAGUGGUGAUGAACAAACACCAUCAAAAGAUUCCCAGAGUCCUGAUGGCCAGAAGGAAACAGAAGAACAGACAGGUGCUAAGUCUGCUACACAGGUUUCCACAGCAGCAACCAAAGGGUCUUACGGCAAAAGCUCUCAGCUUGAUCAGGAUCGGGGUCCAGCACAGCCUUCUAUACAUGAAAGAGGUGGUCCUGCUCUUCAUCCAAAAUCUAUUUUACCACCGCACCCUCCUCCCCCUGAUCGCCAGGUAGGACCUGGAAGGCAGGGACCCUUUCCCCCUAAACCAGUACCAGAUGAAGAUGAAAUUUGGAAACAGAGGAGAAGACAGCAGUCAGAGAUAUCCGCUGCUGUUGAGCGAGCCCGUAAGCGGCGAGAAGAGGAAGAAAGAAGAAUGGAAGAACAGCGAAAAGCCGCUUGUGCUGAAAAGCUAAAACGGUUAAAUGAGAAAUUUGGCUGUGUGACAAAACCCUCCCGGGAAGACCCUCUGAAAGAGAGAGAGCGGGAAAGGGAGAGGGAGAGGGAGCGGGAGAGGGAGAGGGAAAGAGAAAGGGAGCGGGAGAGGGAAAAGGAGAGGGAGAGGGAGAGAGAGAAAGAGAGGGAAAGGGAGAAAGAAAAGGAAAGGGAGAGGGAGAAGGAAAAGGAAAAAGAAGAAAAAGAAAAACUGGAGAAGGCAAAAGAGCAGGAAAGGGAGAAAGAGAAAGAAAAGGAGAUGGAGAAAGAGGAAAAGGAGAGUGAGAAGGAGAAAGAAGAUGAGAAACCAGCACAUGAGGUUCCUGAGCCUGUAGAACCUGUGGCAACACCUGUAGUAGAAAAACAAGAAAGUGAAACCAGAAAUAACAAGGAAGAAAAAGAAGAUCAAGCGGUCUUUACCAGACAAGAUAGUAGUCGGAAUGAGAAAGAGAUUUCACAAGUGACUCAUGAGAGUGAGCCAGAUUCAGGAUCUCAGCCUCGUCCUGCUGUUUCCUCGGGCUAUUCUAAACAGUUCCAGAAGUCAUUACCACCAAGAUUUCAGAGGCAACAGGAGCAAAUGAAACAGCAGCAGUGGCAGCAACAACAGCAAGGUGUCCUUCCACAGUCUGCUCCCUCACAGCCUUCUAGUGGCCCUGUCCCACCUCCCCAGCACAGACCCCUUUACCAGCCCAUGCAGCCCCAUCCUCAGCAUUUAGCUUCAAUGGGCUUUGAUCCACGGUGGCUUAUGAUGCAGUCUUACAUGGACCCACGAAUGAUGUCAGGAAGACCUGCAAUGGAUAUGCCUCCUAUUCAUCCAGGAAUUAUGCCUCCCAAACCACUGAUGAGAAGAGACCAGAUAGAGGGGUCGGCAACCAGUUCAGAUUCAUUUGAACAUAUAGCUCGCUCAGCAAGAGAGCACACUGUUCCUUUGUCAGAGCCCCGCAUGAUGUGGGGGUCGGAUCCAUACCCCCAUGCAGAACCUCAGCAAUCUAGUUCUCCUCCCAAAGUGUUAGAAGAGCCUGACGAUUUGAGGUCUGAGGCACACUUGGAGCAAGAACGAGUUGCUGUCCCUGCUGCUGCUUAUCCUGUAGAACACAACCAGUUGGACUCUCAUCCAAAGACAGACUUUUUCAGAGAAUCAGGAGAGGUGGAGGUACAAAAGUUCCCAAGCAGGCCUUUGGAAGAUGUACAACCUCUCCAAACUGACACACCUAACACAGCAGUUAAUUUUGAAGGAGUGAAUGAGAAAGUCACACAUAGCUCUCCAGAAGAGUUGGUGUCUGUGGGGGAAAGUCACUCUUCACUAAAGAGAAGCAUUUCCCAUGGUUCAAGUCACUCUCUAAAAUCAGAAGAUCAGAGGAAUGAGACAGCAACAAAUAUCCCUAAAUUAAAUAACAGGCCUGUUGAGACAAAGGAGACAAUUGAGAGACUUGAGAUUAAGCCAAAAAAAGAUAUUUUGAUCAAUAAUAGAACAUCAGAAGGACCAAAACCUGAAAAAACUUUCAAACCUAAGUCUGAAACAAGAUGGGGUCCUAGGCCAGGUUAUGGCAGGAGAGAUGAAGGCAGUGAUAGACCAGUAAGAAGAUCAGGUCCUAUUAAAAAACCUGUGCUUAGAGAUAUGAAGGAAGAGCGUGAACAGAGAGAAGAGCGUGAGCAGAGGAAGGAGAAAGAAGGAGAAAAGACAGCUAGUGAAAAACCUAGCAAGUCUGAAAAAAGUGACAAAAAGGAAGCACCUCAAGUGCCACUGCCUCAGGCUGAGCUAGAGACAUCCGCCGCCAGCAGCGCUCUGGCUAAGAAGAUAACCCAGGAUGCUGCUCCAACGCCAGCAAGCCAGGAGAGCAGUCAAACUGAGACUGCAGCUAAAGCUCUGGUUCAGCCACCCACACCUCCAGUCCAGCAGCAGCUGCCAGCUGCCCAGCCUGCUGCUCCGCAGCUUCCCCCUGCAGUACAGCAGCAGCCACCUGCUCAACCAGCAGCACAGCAGCAGCCACAUGUUCAGCAGCCAGCUACUGCAGUGAAGGAAGAGAAGCAGACUGAGAAGGGAGUUAGCAAAGAGGUUGUAGAGAAACCACGCUUAGAAACCAGACCAGUAAAAAGAGAGCCUGGAUUACCACCUAGGACGUACUGGAAAGAGGCUAGGGAUAGAGACUGGUUCCCAGAUCAGGGAUACAGAGGCAGAGGUCGUGGGGAGUAUUAUUCUAGAGGUCGUAGCUACAGGGGUUCUUACGGAGGACGUGGUCGGGGCAGUAGAGGCCAUAAUAGAGAGUACCCACACUACAGAGAUCCUAAGCCUAGAUCAGACCACGUGCCUUCAGGGCCUGUUAGGCAAAGAGAAGAGAGUGAAACUCGCAGUGAGAGUUCUGAUUUUGAAGUGAUCCCAAAACGACGGCGACAGCAUGGUUCAGAGACAGAUUCUGACAGUGAAGUUCAUGAAAGCGCUAGUGACACGCUGCUGUCAGACAAAGAAAGUCUAAUCAAAGGCAAGCACCCAAAAAGAGAAGAAAGAGCUGAUGGCAAGAAGCCUCCAAAGCCCCUGUCGUUCAAACCUGAAAACAAUAUCAGGGUAGACAACAGAUCCCUAGAAAAAACAUACAUAAGAGAUGAUGAGAACAAACCCAAACCAGGAUUUCUUCCUAAAGGAGAGCCUUCUAGGCGAGGCAGAGGAGGAAUGUAUAGACGUGGUGGCAGAGAUCCUGGUGGGCGUCCUCCACGUCCAUCCACAAUAAGGAGACCAGCCUACAGAGACAAUCAGUGGAACCCUAGGCAAACAGAGAUCAUUAAACCAGAAGAUGGGGAGCCUCCGAGAAGAAAUGAACAUUAUGGUCCUAUACCAGUUGAUAAAAGACCUCCAAAAUUUGAGAGAAAGUUUGAUCCAAAUAGAGAGAGGCCAAGAAGACAAAGACCUGCUCGGCCUCCAAGGCAAGAUAAGCCACCACGUUUUAGGCGCCUAAAAGAAAGAGAGGCCGCAUCAAAGAUAAAUGAGGUGGUAGCCAGCUCAUCAACAAGUGCCACAGUUAGUAAUGCAGUUAAUGAGCCCUCCAACACUGCUCUGGAUGUGUCAGGAAGUAAGACACCAGACUUGUCAAACCAGAAUUCUUCAGACCAGGCCAAUGAAGAGUGGGAAACAGCCUCAGAAAGCAGUGACUUCAAUGAGAGGCGGGAGAGGGAUGAGAAGAAAACAGCAGACAUAGCAGCACAGGUGGUUGCAAAGGCAGGAGAAAACACUGGAGCUCCAAAAAGGGAAAUAGCCAAGAGAAGUUUCUCUAGUCAGCGGCCUGGAAUAGACCGUCAAAACCGACGUGGCAACAAUGGGCCAGCUAAACCAGGGAGGAACUUCUCAGGGCCUAGGAGUGACAGGCGGAGUGGUCCUCCACCCAGAAGUGGAAAAAGAGGACCAUUUGAAGAGCAGACAGCAACUGUGCCUGGUGUUGAUCCCACCAACAGCAACUCUAUACAUCAGGAGGAUGGAGGUGUUACUGCUACAGGACAAAAGAGCGCCAAGGAUGCAAGUGGCAAAAAGAGAGAAGAACCUAAGGGUGGUCCAAAGAAGCCUAAGGAAAAAGUGGAUGCCUUGUCUCAAUUUGAUCUUAAUAAUUAUGCAAGUGUUGUGAUCAUUGAUGAUCACCCUGAAGUGACAGUAGUUGAAGACUCCCAAUCUAACUUGAAUGAUGAUGGUUUCACAGAAGUGGUGUCUAAGAAGCAACAAAAACGCUUGCAAGAUGAGGAGCGCAGAAAGAAGGAAGAACAAACAGUGCAGGUUUGGACCAAAAAAGGAUCAAGCGAAAAAGGCCGAGGUCAGAAUUCCAAGCUCCCACCCAGAUUUGCCAAAAAGCAGCAGCAACAGGCAGCAGCUGCAGCUGCACAGCAGGCACAAGCUCAGGCACAAGCUCAGGCACAGCCUCCGUGUACCGCACAGACUCCAGGUCAGCCACAGGCUUCUGUUCAGCCACAAAACCAGGCUGCAGGAGGGACAGCCGGCACAGAAUACACAGUGACAGGAAAAGUUCUGCAAAACACCCAGGCUCACAACGGUCUAGGAACUGAAUUAUGGGAAAACAAGGUGCCUCCUACAGCAGUUCUAAAUGACAUCUCCAAAAAAUUGGGACCCAUUAGCCCACCUCAGCCACCUUCGGUCAGCGCUUGGAACAAGCCUUUGACAUCUUUUGGUUCAGCUACAUCUCCAGAGGGGACAAAGCCUGGGCAGGAAGGUGGAGUCGAUCUUGGUAUAGAAACUAUUCAGUUUGGAGCCCCAGCUUCCAGUGGCAGUGACAAUGAAGUUGGCCCUGUACUUUCUGAGAAGUCUGCUGACAAGCUGCCAGAACCAAAAGAGCAAAGACAGAAACAGCCUCGGGCUGGACCCAUCAAAGCACAAAAGCUUCCAGACUUGAGUCCGGUAGAAAACAAAGAGUAUAAACCUGGUCCUAUUGGGAAAGAACGGUCUUUAAAGAACAGGAAGGUGAAGGAUGCCCAACAGGGAGAUCCUGAAGCACAGGAGAAGCCAUCUCCCACCUCUGUCAGAAGUCCAGAACCUGUCACUACAAAGGAAACCAAAGCAGCAAGUGAACUGAGCACAGAAAUAGGAACAAUGAUAUCUGUGUCUGCUCCAGAGUUUGGAACAAACACAAAGGAGUCUGUAACAGACUACACUACACCUUCUUCUCAUCCUAACACAGUGGCUACUAGCAGUACAAAAAUGGAGGAGACUUUGGUGACGAACGUGCCCCUGCCCCACACCCUUCCCCUCCCUAGGAGGGAGACUCUACAACAGAGCUCCAGCCUAACUCCAGUUUCUCCCGCUACCGUCGACCUCACCCUCAAGAUGGAGUCUGCACGCAAAGCAUGGGAGAAUUCCCCAAAUAUGGGGGAGAAGAGUUCACCAGUGACCUCUGCAGCAUCUCCCAUUGCUGGUGGCAGCGGCAGUAGCAGCAGCAGCAGCAACACUGGGCCAAGCAGUGGUACUUACAGUUCUUUCUCUAGUGCAUCAAUGCCUCCUAUUCCUGUGGCGUCAGUUACACCGACAACUUCCCUGUCAGGAGCUGGAACAUACACAACCUCUUCACUGAGUACAAAGACUGCAAGCACCUCAGACCCUCCCAAUAUAUGUAAAGUGAAACCACAGCAGUUGCAGACAAGCAGCCUAGCUUCUGCCAGUCACUUUUCCCAGCUGAGCUGCAUGCCAUCCCUCAUUGCCCAGCAACAGCAAAGUCCCCAGGUCUAUGUGUCUCAGUCUGCAGCAGGUACUGCAGCUCAAAUCCCAGCAUUUUAUAUGGAUACAAGUCAUCUAUUCAAUACCCAACAUGCGCGUUUGGCACCACCUUCUCUGGCCCAACAGCAAGGCUUUCAACCAGGGCUUUCUCAGCCUGCUUCAGUUCAGCAGAUCCCCAUCCCCAUCUAUGCACCUUUGCAAGGACAGCAUCAAGCUCAGCUGAGUUUAGGAGCAGCACCAGCUGUUUCACAAGCCCAAGAGUUGUUCAACUCCUCUUUACAACCUUAUAGAUCCCAGCAAGCUUUUAUGCAAAGUGGUUUGUCUCAGCCAUCACCAGUAGUUCUGUCUGGUACAGCCUUACACAACUUCCCAGCAGUGCAACACCAGGAGCUUGCUAAGGCACAGUCAAGCCUGGCAUUUCAACAGACUUCUAAUACACAACCUAUUCCUAUCUUAUAUGAACAUCAGCUCAGUCAAGCUUCAGGACUGGGAGGCUCUCAGCUUAUUGAUACACACAUUCUCCAGGCCAGAGCUACUCUCACCCAGGCUUCAAAUCUGUACUCUGGGCAAGUUCAGCAGCCUGGCCAGAGUAAUUUCUACAACACUGCACAGUCUCCCAGUGCUCUCCAGCAGGUAAACUAUGGCAUGGUGACAGUACCUUUGCCAGGAUCACAAAUUUCUUUGCCCAACUUUGGAUCCACAGCACAGCCACUUAUUGCCCUACCCCAGUCUUUACAACCACCACUACAGCACACACCACCACAAGCGCAGGCUCAAAAUCUAAGCAGACCUGCACAAGUAACGCAGCCUUUCAGAGGAUUAAUCCCAGCAGGAACUCAACACAGCAUGAUUGCUGCAACUGGAAAGAUGGAAUCACAGAUUUACAGGCACCUGGGAUUUUCGGAUAGUGUGCAGCACAACGCAGUUGCAGCAUACUUUCAGAUAUCGGAAAUGGAUCUGAAGGCCUUUGGAGGUGGCAUUGAUGUUAAACCUGGAACACCACCAGUUAGUGGUAGAAGUACUACUCCAACAUCCAGUCCUUUCCGGGCCAGUUCUACAAGUCCUAACAAUCAGUCCAAUAAAAUGAACAGCAUUGUCUACCAGAAGCAGUUUCAGUCAGCAGCUGCUGCUGUGCGAAUGACACAGCCGUUUCCUGCACAAUUUGCACCACAGGCAAAGCAGAGAGCAGAGGUACUUCAGUCGACCCAGAGAUUCUUUUCUGAGCAGCAGCAGCAGAGCAAACCCAUAGGAGGCAAAGCACAGAAAGUGGAUGAGAACGGGAACAAACCCACUGAGGCGAUUGCUGACUCUUCAGGAGUCUGCCAGGACAAAACCGAGGAAAAGCCUACCCCUGCACCUGCUACAGCAACAAAACCUGUUAGAACUGGACCAAUCAAACCUCAGGCAAUCAAAACCGAAGAAACAAAAUCUUAGAGGCUGUAUUUCCAUGGAGGUGGGGGAAGAGGGGGAGGGUGGGUGAGAUGACAGCAGCAUGAAUUUGUAGCCCAAAGGAUGAGACAACAGUCUUCUCUCCCUGCAGGGCUCUGAACAGCGUAAAGGGACAUAGAAGCUAUUAGCAGUUAUGGAUGCAAACUGCUGCAUAUCCAACUGAGCUUCUAGGCUCUUUGGGCUUGUAUCUUCUCUAACAGCAUGAAGGCUGCUUUUGGUGUGUGCACAUUCUACAUGUGUGCGUGUGUUUUGGCUUGCACACCUGUAUGCUUCCCAAAGUGAAAAAAAUUUGAGAAAUGUCAACGGCGGGGAAGAAGGUGGUCAGGGAAGCAUGUUCCUACCUGAUGAGAUGAAUGCUCUUUAUUUUUCUUCAGGCUCUGAUCUUCAGCUGCUAUUUAUCUUUUUAUAAACCCAUGAGUAGGAGAACAUGCAGAUCUGAAGAUGGUGCUGGGCCAAGUAAUGUGUGUUAAGUUUUUAGUGACUUAAGAAACUUCUAUCUUGUAAUAAACAGGGGGAUUCAUAUAGCUGGCAAAAUUGCGUUUGCCAUGUGACAUCUAACCUAAGGUAACACAAAGAGUAACGCUGAUGAUGUUGAAUUCCCCUCUGAAGGCAGUGCUUUGCUGGCUGCUGCUUCUUGGAUGACAAUAUACUGUAUUUAGAUCACCAUAUGAAAAUGCUACUUGGCCACCUGUGUUCUCUACACCCGCUCCCCCCUCAGUCGUUCACCUCUGGAGUUGAAAGGUUCAUUGCAUCAAUAGUCAAAUUUGUUCUGUUCACCUCUGUCCAGCUAUCUUUAUAUGAUGCGAGUGGUCUUUAAACGGUUUCCAGCUUAUGUCUGUAUACAGCAAUGAGCACUUAGAACUGUGCCACGAGAAUAAAAGAAACCUUAUCAGAUUAAAGAGAAUUUUAUCUAAAAGGUGCAUUCUUUAUAUCAGAGCUGCGUCGCACCACCUCCUUGCCCACAGUGUGCUGGAAAGUAGAAUCAAGUCAAUUAAAAAUGCCUUUUUAAUUGUAUCCUCUAGUAUUAUAGCUGUAGGACAGUACUGUAUGAUACUUCUGUGAAUGUAAGAUAUCCUGUACCUGCUUAUGAUAUGUAGUAGUGACUGUGCUAUACUGGAGCUGUUUUUAAUAAUGUUAUUCUAGAGGUUUUUUUCCAGACAAUGAUUGAAAAAGCUAAUAAAAAGCACCAGGUACCACAUCAGUAGCAGAA